AGGCGCACGGAGCGGAGCGGCGCACCGGGACCUGUACGGCCAGCAGCAGCUCUUCAACCACUGGCACUGCGCUUUCCUCAAACCCCGGGGCGGCCGCGGCAUGGAGCAGUGAGGGCUGCGGGGCAGACCGGAGCUGGCCCCCACCCUUCACCCGCACCUCAAGACGAAAAUCUGCUCUUUCCUCUUUAUUCUCCAUCUGCGGCGUGUUUUUUUCCCCUGGACUUUAUCAUGGAGACUACCGGCGGCUGCUGGCUGCUGCUGCUGUCUGCACUCUCCAUCCUCUUCUCCCAUCCAGUUGGGGGAUAUGCGUACAGGAACCAGCGGAAGUUCUCUGAGGACAUGGACUGGUCGUAUGCAGGAACGCUGAACCAGAACAACUGGGCCAAGAAGUUUCCGUCCUGCAGCAACGCCAAGCAGUCCCCCAUCAACAUCCAGGAGAGCCUGGCGCCCGUCAAGCUGCAGUACCAGAGGCUGCGCUUCCACGGCUGGGACGCCCUGACCACCGACAGGACCACCGUCAACAACGACGGCAAGACGGUGGCCAUCAAUGUGGACGGGGAGUUCUACGUCAGCGGAGGCGGGCUCAGGUCCACCUUCAAAGUGGGGCGGAUCACCUUCCACUGGGGGCGCUGCAACGCCUCGUCGGAGGGCUCGGAGCACAGCCUGGACGGAGUGAAGUUCCCUCUGGAGAUGCAGAUCUACUGCUACGAGGCGGACCGCUACGACUCUCUGGACGCCAGUGUGAAGUCCGGAGGCCGGGUCACGGCGCUGGCCGUGCUGCUGGAGACCAGCAGUGAAGACAACCUGGACCUGGCGGCCGUCAUUGAGGGCGUGAACAGCGUGAGCCGAUACGGAAAGAGCGCCGAGGUCCUGCCCUUCGCCCUGCGAGGCCUCCUGCCCAACUCCACGGACAAGUACUUCGUGUACAACGGCUCCCUGACCACGCCGCCCUGCAGCGACACCGUGGAGUGGAUCGUCUUCAAGAGCACGGCCGCCAUUUCUGAGCAGCAGCUGGAGGUGUUCUGUGAGGUGAUGACCAUGCAGCAGGCCGGCUACGUGAUGCUGAUGGACUACCUGCAGAACAACUACCGGGAGCAGCAGCAGCAGUUCAUGGGCCAGGUCUUCUCGUCCUACACCGGCACCGAGGAGGUCCUCAGUCCAGUCUGCAGCUCCGAGCCCGAGGACGUCCAGGCGGCGCCCUACAACCGGAGCAGCCUGCUGGUGACGUGGGAGCGUCCGCGAGCGGUGUACGACGCCAACAUCGAGAAGUACUCCGUCACUUACCGACUGGACGGCGGGGACGGCGGUGCCAGCUCCGAGUACCUGACGGACGGAGACCAGGACGUGGGGGCGAUAUUGGACGACCUGUUAGCAAACAACAGCUACGUGGUCCAGGUGGUGGCUGUCUGCGCCAACGGCCUCUAUGGACGUGUGAGCGACCCGCUGAUGGUCGUCAUGCCCGCCGACGACCCCGAAAAUCGUCCAGAUCCAGAAUCAGAUCCAUUUCUUGACGAGAACUAUGAGCCUGACCCGACCUGGAACGAACCAGAACCGACUGAGGACUACAGCUGGUUCUCCACCGGCCCACAGACCACCUCGACUCACAGAUCUCCAUUUUUACCUGUUCCUGGCAUCCCGACCACGAUGGAGGCCAACCGAAGGAGGACUACCACGGAUCUGCCACCGCAGAGAUCCACUCAGGGCGGACGCCACUUCAGUACUGCAGAGACGACACGCCGCAGCGCCUCGCUACGGCCACCAGAUGUCACCCUGCUGCCAAAAACCCAAGACAGUACUGAGGUCCGAGGGAGGGUUGCUCUUUACUCCACCACAGCUACCAAGAACCCGUUCAGGCUCAGUCCUACAACACCCUCCCAUGAGAGUGUUGGUCCAGGGGUAGGUGGAGCAGGUCCCAGUCCUCCUGCAGUGACCAGUGAAAAGACUAAAGGUAGUAAAAGUAUGUUGGCACACAGCUCCACCACAGCACCCACAACACCGUCCUUCAUCAAGGUGAAGACCGACGGAGGUCUGGCACGGCCAGGCAGCGAGGACACCACGGCUGGCAGCGUGUCCCCCAGACCCAGAGGUCAUCCAGGGAUCCAGAGAGGAGCUUCAACCGUCCAGCCGUCGUCCUCCAGCCGAGACGUCCUACCAACAAGUUCCAGCAAGUCUGAUUUUUCACCCAGCCCCUCCUCGGUCUGGUUCGGUGGCGUUCUGUUGCAGACCACUCAGCCAGUGUCCAAUGGUGAGCCCCCCUAUGUGUCCCCCUCCUCCCCCUCCACCCCCCCACCCCUGUGUGGCUCCGAGGAUCCCGGCGUGGGUCCCUCCACCUGUUUGCAUGACCCUCCUUCCUCGUGGCCUUUGUCACCCGCCUCUGCUUUGGAUUCCCAGCAUGCCUCUGCCACGCUGCUGCCAAGCAAAGACUCAGCUUCUCCUUCAGCCCCCCCGCUGUCCGCCUCCACCCUGCCUCACCUCCCCCGCCCCUCACAGCCGCUGUCCAGGUGGGAGACCGGCCUGGUCUUCCCCGGGUUGGAUGAUAGUGAUAGUGCUGCUGAUGCAGAGUCCGGGUCUUCGGGGAGUCCUUCGGUGUUUGGUAGUACUCCUCCACUGCAGACCGUGCCGGACUCGUCUGGCUCCAGCGUGGUUUCUGAGCCUUUGUGGGAUCCGUCCCUCUCAACUUUCCCUCUGUCUUUCAGUCCUACACUCCAGCCUUCAGCUCUUCUCUCCACUGACUUCAUCCUUUCUAGCUCCACUCCGGGUUUGUCCAAAUCCUUCUCGGUCGGGUUGGAGGACUCGAGGUAUGCCACGGGGAGCUCCAUAGAGUCUUUCCUCCCUGACGUGAGUGGCGAAGGUUUUCCUGUAGUGAGCGAUGUGGACGCCAUGUGUGGCUGCUCUCUGGAGCCGUCGGGAUCUUCGUCCUGGCUGCAUGCGUCGCCUCAUGUCCCCCUGCCGUCCUCAGCUCUGGACUCUCUUAGUUUCGGGCUUGGUUCUAGCGUGGGCGUCUUUUGGGCCUCUGUUGAUGCUGAACAGGACUUUCCUCGCUCUCUAUCACUGCCAGACUCUGACGGUGUGUCCUUAGACCAGGGUCUGCUCUCCCAUAGUGCUGUCUGUCCCUCGUCAUCCUCUUCACACUCCCGGCUUGUCCCAGCCCCCCGUAGUGAACUGCCCCUUUCUGUUGCAGCCCCACCGUCCCCCGUCACGGCCUCCUGGUUCACGGCGUCAGACAAGAACACCCAUCUCCAGGCGUCUGCCCUCCCCCCCUCACCCACAGCCCCCCCCUCCACCACAGCCCCAGAGGAGCCGGUUCUGGACUCCAGUAGCAGUAGUGCCUCGGGCUCCGCCCUGCUCCCUGAUUCCCAGGAAGGCGUAGACCAGGAGUUUGAGAGAGCUGAAAGCUCGUCUUCCUGGGAGAGCACGUUGCCGUCCUCAACCAGAUCCACACCCUCCGAGUCCGGGCAGAGCCCUGACGACCUGGACCUGGAAAACUCCUCCGCCUUCUAUUUUGAAAGUGGCAGUGGCAGUGCCAGCACUCCGGAGGCGGCGCGUCCGACGCCGACGGCCGCCACGGCGGUAACGUCGGCAGUUUCUCCGCCCUGGUCGCUGGGCAGGGAGGAGGAGAGUGGCUCAGGGCAAGGCGACGGCCUCUACGACAACGAGACGUCCUCCGACUUCAGUAUCUCAGAGCGCACAGAGAGAGAGUCAGACGAGGAGCCGGUCGCAGAUGCCGGUAACAGCAGCCACGAGUCCCGGGUGGGCUCCAUCAGGGACAGGGAGAGGAAGGCCGUGGUCCCUCUGGCCGUCAUCUCCACCCUCACCGUCCUGGGCCUCGUCGUCCUCAUCGGGAUCCUCGUCUACUGGAGGGCCUGCUUCCAGACCGCCACCUUCUACAUCGACGACAGCUCCUCGCCCAGGGUCAUCUCGGCGCCGUCCGCCGCCACGCUGACGUCCGCUGAUCAGACGUCGUUUCCUGUGAAAGACUUCGUACAACAUGUCGCUGAACUUCAUGACGUUCAGGGUUUCCAGCAGGAGUUCCAGGUUCUGAAGGACAGUUACGAGGCGGUGCAGACGUGCACGGUGGACAUGAGCAUGACCACCGACAGCUCCAACCAUCCCGACAACCAGACCAAAAACAGAUACAGCAACAUCCUGGCCUAUGACCACAGCCGUGUGCGCCUCUCGCCGCAGUCCGACAAAGACGGCAAGACGGCGGAUUACAUCAACGCCAACUUCGUGGACGGUUUCAAGAAGCCGCGCUCAUACAUCGCUGCCCAGGGCCCCCUGCGGUCCAGCACCGAGGACUUCUGGAGGAUGAUCUGGGAGCAGAACGUCGGCGUCAUCGUCAUGAUCACCAACCUGGUGGAGAAGGGGCGGAGGAAGUGUGACCAGUACUGGCCGGUGGAGGUGCAGGAGGAGUACGGCGACUUCCUGGUGACGGUGAAGAGCAGCAGGGCGCUGGCCUACUACACCCAGAGGACCUUCACCGUGAGGAACACCCGCAAGAAGGGCUCCCAGAAGGGGCGGGGCAGCGAGCGGACCGUCACACAGUACCACUACACCCAGUGGCCCGACAUGGGCGUGCCCGAGCUCGCCCUGCCGCUGCUCAGCUUCGUCCGCAAGUCGUCCCGGGCCCAGACGGAGCAGCGGGGCCCGGCGGUGGUGCACUGCAGCGCCGGGGUCGGCCGGACGGGAACCUACAUUGUCCUGGACAGCAUGCUGAAGCAGAUCAGGGACGAGGGCGCCGUGAACAUCUCCGGGUUCCUGAAGCACAUCCGGACACAGAGGAACUACCUGGUCCAGACCCAGGAACAGUACGUCUUCAUCCACGACGCCUUGGUGGAGGCCAUCUUGUCCGGGGAGACGGAGGUGGCGGCGGCUCAGCUGCACAGGUACACAGACGAGCUGCUGACCGCCGGGCACGCUGGGAAGACUGGCCUGGAUGAGCAGUUCAAGCUGGUGUGCCGGUCCGGGGCGAAGCAGAGCGACUACAGCACGGCUCUGCAGGACUGCAACCGCAGCAAGAACCGCAGCUGCUCCGUCAUGCCCGUUGAGAGGUCCCGCAUACGCCUGUCCACGUCAGCGGGGGAAACGUCUGACUACAUCAACGCUUCAUACAUCAGCGGUUACAGACGGACCGGCGAGUUCAUCAUUACCCAGCAUCCACUGCCCAGCACGAUCAGGGACUUCUGGAGGAUGAUCUGGGACCAUAACGCUCAGGUCAUCGUGUCUCUGACGGCGAUGGAGGAGGAGGCGGAGCUCUGCGUCUUCUGGCCUACCAAAGGACAGCCAAUCAGCUAUCAGAUGUUCACCGUCACUCAGAGGAGCGAGACCUGCGUCUGUCUGUCCAACGAGGACGUCCUGGUGGUCCAGGACUACGUUCUGGAGGCCACGCAGGACGACUACGUCCUGGAGGUGAAGCACUACCGCGCCCCCCGCUGGCCGAACCCGGACAGUCCCAUCAGCAACACCUUUGAGCUCCUGAACCUGGUGAAUGACGGGACCAGCACCAAGGACGGCCCCGCCGUGGUCCACGACGAUGUGGGCGGAGCCACAGCCGGAACCUUCUGCGCGCUGUCCUCUUUAACUCGUCAGCUGGACGCCGAGGGGACGGUGGACGUCUUUCAAGUGGCCAAGUUGACCAACCUCAUGAGACCCGGAGUCUUCGCGGACGUGGAUCAGUACCAGUUCCUGUACAAAGCCAUGCUGAGUCUCGUCGGGACGCAGGAAGACCAGAAAACUCUCGCUUCUGAGGACAACAACGGGAGCAUCGUGGUGGGGACGGCGGCCAGCGCCGCCGAGAGCCUGGAGUCGCUGGUCUGAGAAGCACGUGGAGGAGCGGGGCAGCAGCUGUAACACAGCUGUUACUGCAGCUGUAACUCAGCUGUUACUGCAGCUGUAAUGCAGCUGUUACUGCAGCUGUUACUGCAGCUGUAACACAGCUGUUACUGCAGCUG